AUGCACUCAUCUAGUAUGUAUAAUAGAAGAAAUGAUGUAGAAGUCCCGAGUCCAAUAACUCUUGAAAACUUAGUAGAAUCAAUGAAGGAAAUCCCUCCAUGCGAUCACUCUCUAACGCCACAAGAGUUAUGCUUUUUCGACGAUUUUGCCACAACUUUAACAGUAGAUGUCGCAUUAACUUUUUCAACCCAUAAAAUGUUUCCGAGGCGCCGUUAUCUAAAAGAGAGCGAGCAUGUGGACGCCGGAGCCAUCAUGAAAUCUUUCUUGAAAAACCAAGACUUCUGUCAAGCCAUUAUCUCUUUGCUCAACAUCGGUUCAGUUCGAUCAUUUCUAACUGCUUAUCCUCAGCUAAAACAACUGGAAUUUCGUGAUCAUAUUUUACGGUUUUUAAAUGUAUUCAGUCAUAAGUCUGGGUUUACGAUUGAGAAAUGUACAAGAUAUGCAGCAGAAGAUAACGUCGGCGCCAAGCUGAUAUCAACAAGAUUCUGGCAACGUGGAGACAAGAUUGAUCGCUUGUUUGGUGUACUGAGAGAGCUUGAUCAGAAAGAAGAAGAACAGUUACUACGACCGGGAGUCAACGAUUUUUCUGUUAUGUACAGCACCCGGAAAAAGUGCGCGCAACUAUGGCUUGGGCCUGGCGCUUACAUCAACCACGAUUGUAGGGCUUCUUGCAAAUUCGUGCCCAACGGGCGCACAGCCUACAUACAGGUUCUCAGGGAUUUACAUCCGGGAGAAGAGAUCACAUGCUUUUAUGGUGAAGACUUCUUCGGAGACAACAACGAGCGCUGCGAGUGUUGUACUUGUGAACGACGCAAAAAAGGUGCUUUUGCCGUGGUGCAGGGAGACGAAUCAUUAGACAGCAGUCAACUUAAAGAAACAGGGAAAGCCAAGUAUGGAUUACGAGAAACUGACUCUCGUCUUUCGCGUGCCAGUUUUACGCGAUAG